AUGCGUCUUCUCUACAUCAAUCUUACAGCAAAUAAUCUUCAAGGUCGCCUUUUGCUAAAUGCUUCAGCUUGGAAUCAAUUGGAGGUCUUGGAUGUGUCUAGAAAUGCAUUUUGUGGUCAGAUACCAUCAAUUUGGCCUCCUAAUGUACAAGUAUUGCUCCUCAAUGACAAUUUGCUGACAGGAUAUAUUCCUCCACUUUUACAAGGUAUCUCUUCACUGGAAAUUGUAAAUUUGGCAAAUAACUAUUUGAUUGGAACCAUUCCUCCAAGCUUAGCCAAUUGUUCCAAGCUUGGAAAUUUGAAUUUGGGGGAUAAUUAUUUGAGGGGAAUCAUUCCGUAUGAGUUGGGUAAGCUAACUGAACUGAAAGUACUCGUGUUAAAGAAUAACCUGUUGAGUGGAAAAUUCCCUUUCUCCAUAUCAAAUUGCAAAGAAUUAUAUUUUUUAGAUGUCGGCCGAAACUUCUUGGAAGGUCACAUUCCAAAGUCAAUAGGAAACUUAUUAGAACUGAAGGUGUUAGCAAUGAGGAAAAAUGAUUUUGUAGGUAGUAUCCCUGCAGAAAUUGGGCAGCUGAAGAAUCUACAAAUCCUGGACCUUUCUUCAAAUCAACUCUCAGGUUUUGUGCCCCACAACAUUUUUAGUUUGCAAGCAAUGUUGUCAGAAAAAACAUCAGGAAUUUUCCGUCAUCUAUACCCACAUUAA